CGGACGGAUAAUCCCUUCCCAUUCGCUUUGCUUCGUUUCGCUUUUCCUCCUACAUCCUCCUCCUUGUUUCUCUCUCUUACCUUGUAUUCCCCAUCACCACCAGAAACAUCCUCCCCUUUUUAGGAUUGAGCGUGCGUGUCUUGGCUUUCAAGCACCGUAUUCCUUACCGACAACACACUUAAAGAGCUUUGCUGGGCAUUCUCUCGACCGCAACCUUUUCCCACAAAAACAGCACCGUUACCGCCCAACAUGCGAUUCUCAACCGCCGUUCUUUUCGCUGGCAACGCCUUUGCUGCCGUCCAGCAGGAGUGUCUCGCCAACCACAGCGAGGACCUCGCCGCCUUCGCCGACUGUGCCAACGAGGGUGCUCUCUCUCUUUGCCUCUCCAACCUCAAGGAGACGGAUGAGGCCGCCAUCAAGACCUGCUACACCUCCACUGGCUGUGCCGAAGAGGAUGCCGCCCGCGAGGCUCACUAUACCCUCGAGCGAUGUGCCGAACUCGCAAAGGCUGGCGAGCUGAAGAAGCGCUACAACAUCGCUGCCCUGCCGACUCUGAUUCCCCAUCCCGAGGCCGCCGGCGUCAUCACCGAAGGCCCCAAGGCUACCGGUGGUGAACUCAAGAAGCGUGCUACUGACACUUCAAGAGGAACAAAGUGCUUCACAACUUUCAAGAAGUCAACCGAGCAGUGCGACCUCACGACCGUUUCGGACAAGACCCAGACUGCCACCUGCUACAGCACCGAGAUCAGCACUAGCACAUGCCGCAGCGACGUUAUCUGCACCACCGACGCUGCCGCCGAGGAUAUCUGCAUGGUCAAGAGGGAAAUGGACACUGCCGGUAUCAUCAUCGCCAUUGUCUUUGCCGCCUCAGCCGCUUCCAUGCUUGGCUACCUCACCUUCAUGUGCUGCCGUGACCGCAAGGAGCAGAAGCGUCUCGUCGCCAAGUCCGAAGCUGUUGCUCUCGCCCGUGCCGCCACAAAGAAGCAGCGCGCUGCUCAGCGUCAGCCUCUCAUCCGCAACGCUUCAGGCCAGUCUGCCCCUGGUGCUCCUGCUGGCAAUCCCUUCCAGGACCGAAUCUAGGCGGAGCGGUCCCGUCGGGGGGGAGCAAUGGGAACAAAACAGCUGCAGCGAGUAUCCGAGGAGGGUCCAUACUCAUACUGAGCUCUUCUGUGUACGGCAUGGAGCUGCCUUGUUUCGAGCGCUUACUCUAUUCUUUUAUAAUGCCUGCGUGAUUACCAGCGCAGGAAAGAACUUCCAAGGCUUGGAAAAUCCUCAGAGCCAUGGAUAACGUCUUUUUUUGAUACCUUGAUAUCACGCCGGGGGGGGAACAAACCUUACAUGACAUGUUUGAGUAUUUUGGAGCAAUGGGAAAGGAUAAAGUCUGCUACUUUGGUAUGCGAAUGUAUCUAUUUAUCUACCUUACGAAUGGGGACGGUUAGACGUUGAAUUAAAGUAUUACGUGUACUUCCA